AUGUUGGAUCAAUUGCGCUCGUACUAUAGCUUUCUCAAGCCCCAAAGCGGCCUAUAUCAGUAUAUGCCCUUCAGCAAUGCUCCCAAUAACCGCUCACGCACUCGCAUUGCACUCAUAACGGGCGCCUGCAUCAUCGCCGCCCUCUCAGUCUCCGCACUCUUUGUCAACCCCUCUACCGACACAUCCGGCCACGGCAGCAUACCAAGCAUAGUCCACUACGUCCAAAUCAAGGACGAAAAAUCCGUCCUCAAAUUCCCCUUCUCCAGCUUCCUAAACAUUUGCGCCGCAGUCCUAUACAUCAAACCCGAGCGAAUUUACAUCCACACCGACUUCAGCCCCUCUGAGAUCAACGAAGCCAGUGAAAAAGGCGACAGGUGGACUAAAUCCGUCAUCAACACCUUCGCCAACCUCGAAGCCAACAAGAAAAUUGGAGGCAUCUACAUGGACUGGGACGUCUUCCCGUUACGCCCUCUAACUCCGCUCCUGACAACCGGCUUCGCUUUCAUCGGCGGCCGCCACUACGGCGGCGCCAGCGAACACAGCGGCGUAAACGGCACAAUCAACAACGGCGUCUUCAUGACCAAGCCCAACAGCACCAUGGCCCGCAUCGUCGUCCGCGAGCAGCACGCCGGCUUCAACGGCGAAUGGGCCGCAAACAUGCAAAGCAUGACCAACGUCGCUGAGCGCCUCGUCCCCAUCCCCUACGAAGUCCUGAUCCUCGACUGCACCGCCUUUGCCCCAACCCACUGGUUCCAGGAUAGCACGCAUCCGCUGUUCAUGCCCAAUGACGAUAAGCCUGCGUCACCCGUGCCCGAGACGACGAAUUCUACAGAUGCCAUGGAGAUUUACGAGGUGGCGAUUACGAAUCGCAGAAGGAGAGCUGAGUGGGAGAUGGAUUUUUCGUCGACGUACAUGUUGCAUGCUUUUGGGCUGAAUCGGUACUACAAGUAUGUUAAUCCGAAGACGAUUUUGAGUCGCUAG